UCGUGUUUUAUCUCAUUGAAGAGAAAUCCCUAAAGUGUGUCCUGAUUUUGUCGCACUGAGUAAUAUUAGAAGAGGACAUCUUGGACCAGCACACAGACAUCAUGAUAUCCGGGGAUAAUAAUCUGAGCUCCUCUUAUUUCCUCCUGAUUGGAAUUCCUGGGAUGGAAAACAUCCAGUUCUGGUUUUCAUUGCCGGUCUUCUCCAUGUACCUGAUAACCUUGUUGGCCAAUAUUAGUGUCCUUCUUACCAUUAAAACAGAGGAGAGCCUCCACCAGCCCAUGUACCUCUUCCUUUCCAUGUUGUUGUUAUCAGACCUCGUCCAGUCCAAUACUGUCCUCCCUAAGAUGCUCCUGAUCUUCUUGUUCAACCUCCAAGAGAUCACCUUUGAAGGUUGCCUGGUUCAGAUGUUCUUCAUCCAUUCUUUCACCGUCAUGUGUUCUUCUGUCCUCUUGGCUAUGGCCUUUGAUCGCUAUGUGGCCAUAUGCCAACCUUUGAGAUAUACCACCAUCUUGACCAACCCAUUAAUUACAAAAAUUGGAGUCUUGGCGGUCAUAAGAGGAACUCUUCUGGUGUUACCCUAUCCUUUCCUGGUCAGGAGGUUGUUUUUUUGCAGCAGCCACAGGAUCGAGCAUACGUAUUGUGAACACAUUGCCGUGGCUAAACUGGCCUGUGCAGACAUCGGAGUUAAUGUUGUCUACGGGUUAGUAGCCAUUCUGCUUACAGCCGUAGAUUUAAUCGGUAUUACAGUUUCGUAUUCAAUGAUUGUAAUCUCUGUUUUCAACCUCCCAUCCCGAGAGGCCAGACACAAAGUCGGGAGUACGUGCGUCAGCCACAUUUGUGUCAUUCUAUUGGCUUACAUCCCGGCACUUUUCGCCUUUGUCACUCAAAGGUUUGGGGGGCACACCGCUUCUUCCUCUCAAAUUAUCUUGUCCAACCUAUACCUGAUAAUUCCCCCAAUGCUGAACCCAAUAAUAUACGGAGUAAAGACCAAAGAGAUCAAGAGAAAUGUUUUAAAAUUAUACUGUCCACAAAAGUCAAGAUUUCAGUAAUUUUGGACAGAUUUUGCUGGACGUAUUGAACCCGCACUGGAAA